AUGCUUGAUGAAAAAAAGACCUUAUAGUCUUUUGAGUGUUUCUAUGUUUUUUUCUAUUAUGUUUUUUGGGUAUGCUGUUAGAAUAUGCGAAGCACCCCUUUCUAGAAAUACGAAUGGGCUUUUUUUGUUUUAUAAUUAUUCAAAUAGUAUUUGGAAUAUUAUCAUUACUAUGACUACUGUUGGAUAUGGGGAUUAUUUCGCGAAAACUAAUUUAGGAAGAUUUGUUAUUUUUUUUGUAUGUUUGUGGGGUGUUUCUAUUGUUUCUAUUAUGACUUUAACACUUACUAAUACUAUUUAGUAGAGUAAUUUUGA